CGUGCUGUGCACGUACAUGUAUACGGAUAACUUGGGCCGCCAUAAAUAAGUCUUAGUUUACUACGGUAGGCCUACUGCCUUGCUUCCAUGAUGUUUCAGUUUGAUUGUCACUUCAGCGAGCAGCCACAAUGUUCUGGCUCCUUACAACCUCCAAAGCUUUGUUGGAAAAUAAAGCACGCUUAGAAAGCUUCGUAUCAAAGCCAGCGCCCUAUCUUCGCCGUCCAGUGAGGCUAUGAUUGUUCCGUACGUCACCACAAUCAACAGUGAGCCUGUUGUCCAGAGAAGCAACUACAUCAAGAAAAAAAUGAAACUUGGAAGUAGAAUUUUCGCGUUGGUUCUUAUCUGUCUUGCCGGGCUUGCCGUCUAUGUCCUAACGAGAAGCGAACCCUAUGAUCGGAGCAGGCUGCAGGAAAAGCUCGACCGAGAAAACAGAGGCAAUGAACCGCAGAAACUCGAGAAUGAAAGCAAGUUUCAGAGUACUUCGGCUUCUCCCGCCAAGGUGAAAGACAAGUUACAUCCCUUGCAGUCACCCACAGAACCAGACCAUUUGGCCAACAACAGAAGACCCAGACCUACUCGCGAGUACGUCACGGACGACGGUGUGUACGACUACGGAGCAAAACAGAACGACGGAGAAGUAAGUGACAGUCAUCACAACCCCGAUGACAAACAGGACCAGAAGGACGCUCCGUGACCCCCUCAGCACUGACCGAAUGUUGGGUUGUGACCUUUUCAAUGAGUCUUCCGGCAGGGCAUCUUGCACCAGCUUGAUGGUUAAGUGACGAACUAUGAACCUGUGUCCUGUCUAUGACCAACUGAGCAACUCGGUCUUUAGUUUGAUCGUCCUCCCGCUAACUAAAGUACAGUCUUGAUCAAGGCGUCGGACCUGUCUUAUUGUUAAUUUAAUUGACCCGCCGGUGGUUAAAAAAGGGAAGGAACAUCUCCGAAAAGUUCUCCAGUAGCGUAAGAACCCGCUCAGUGCAUGCAGUGUGCGUGGAUGUUAUCUUGUGUGCAUGACUUGCCUGGUGUACCCAUGCAUGCAAGCGGUCCAGACAAAUUCAAAAAACCAUGCUUGCGCUUGUCACCAUUAAUUUAAAGACGAGGCCGUGGGACUUUCCGGUGAAGUGACGCUGCAUUCGUCUAUAUUAGUUUCGGUUCUAGCGUGGACCCAUAGGCGCGGAUCCACAGGGGUGCAGAACGUGAGAAGAGAAAGUUUCCCGGAAGAGGUAAUUAUACUGAUUAAAGAUGAUGUAAUAGCCCAUUGUUGGUUUCCGGAAUUAAAAUGGAAAGGGUUAUAGUUUCCAUUUAAAGGUCCAUUCAUACUUCAGGUGAAUGCGCAAUCUGAAAGGAAUUCGACAUCACGAAAGAUUUGCAGUGAAAAUCGCUUACGUUUGCGAAUUCACAAAGAAAAACCUUACAUUUUUAAUUAUAAUGCAUAAAUGUCUGACCUUGGGGAAUUUACAUUUCAUUCAAAUUUUAAAAUUUGCCUGUCUUGAAAUUCUUUGUGAUGACUAGAACUCAUUUAUCUUUCAGUUUUGAUUGAAACUUCAUAUAAAUUUUAUUAUAUUUGUUUAAGAUCUUGGACUGCUGCCUGUGGAACCAACACAUAUUUUUACCAGUCUGUCGUGACUCCUCUUUCUGCAUGUGAAGAACAAACAAAUAAACUAAAAUUCAAAGAUUUCAAAUAGAAAAGCUAGACUUUCCAGGGCUUUUCCUUUCUGAGAAAAAUGAGCAGUUAUACACUUGGGCACUGAGUGCCGGCUGCGUGCCGAUGAGUGGGUAUAAAGAGACCAAAAUUCUAACAUUUCCUGAUCGUGCAAAUUCUAAAAGCGGGAAGUGGGACACCACAUUCCUUUGUGGGCAUAUUCCACGAUACAAGUCUUGGCCCAAGACGUCAGUGAUCGAUAUUUGUUUAAUUUCUGUUGAAGAGCGCCCCCGCUUAACUAGUUUUUACUUAGUGCGAGCUGGCGCACAGUCUAAUCAUGAAUCGUUAGGAGGUGCACUAUGCACGGUGUCCGCUAUCAAGCACUAACGUCUUGAGACCAAGACUACCAUAAUAGGUGCAUACGUAAAUUUCCCGCUCAAGCUCCUCAAAACGUCUUUUUCAAGCGUUUUGGCUGUCGGAAAGUUCGGCACCAAUAUGGAGUGGGGUGGGGGGUCAUUAGGCCCACCCUCCUGUCCAAAAGUGUUUGAGGAGCAUAUGGUAUCCUUCCAAAGAUGGGAGCCAUUUCUCAUUACCGCCAUUUUUGUCUUUUCUUGAUGUUGGUUCAAAAACGGGGUGGGGAAAAUUCGAUGGUCCAUCUCACUGUUUAUAAACUUCGGGGUACAUCUCCAUGGAAAUUUCUUUGCAGCUGCUCAUCAGAAACCCAGGGAAUAUCGCCAUAACGAUUGGUCAUGUCAAAACCAGCACUUCUUCAAAGAGGAGAUUAAAUUCGCAGUUAUCCACUGGGUCUAAUCCCUUGUCUAAUGCCUUGGAUUCUUUACUUCAGGACUUAACUCAGAAAUCGGUACUUGGCACUUUUCAGUACACAGAACGACCACAGACGCCGUGACCAUUCCGUGACAGUCAUACUCAACAAAUUAGCCUUAACGUAAAAGUGUACCUGAAGUUAUUUUGGCGCUGAGCGGGCCUAUGGUGUUGAAAGACCGAAUGAUAACUACUUUGUGUUUUGCAACAAGCAAGAUCAAGAUGUGGUAUAUGACAAGACUUCGACGGACGACUUUAGACUGGUAUCAAAGCUAGAAACAGAAACAGUAAUAGGCCCGGCUUAAUGAAGGUGAUGUAUAAAUUACACGAAAUGAAUCCUUUAAAAUACACCCUAUUCAGAACAUUUUUUCUUAAAAAAUGAAAACACAAUUCUAAAUUGUUGUUUCGAAUUAAAAUUCUUGAAAAAGGUUUGAGGAACCCAGGCGCGGAGCAAAGUAAGUGCACCAAUACCAUUGUAAACAAUGUAUGGAAUUUACAAUGUUUCAUCGUCAUUUCUGCUUGUCCACAAAAAUGAGACAUUAAAAAAAUCUCCGGCUGCCCCCCCCCCCGAAAAAUGUCUGGAUCCAUCCCUGGAACCAUUCGAAAAUUGUUUGGAAUUUGUGCUUUGGACACUGCUGUCGCUGUGCUAUAUCGAUAACAAGGUUUCAGUCCUUUGGUGUCGAAGAGCUAGGUGCAUUAUACUCAUCGAUUUCAGCAGACAAAAGCACAGGCCAAAGCUGCCGUUAUACACAAUAACUCGCCGGUGUAACGAGAAUCAGUUGUUUCUAAGCUCCGAGGUCCCACGCCGCACGCAAGACGGGGAUGUGCGAGUCCCCGGCGAUUCUUUCUUCGGCUGUGAGAAUACUAAGUGCUUCGGUAUUUUUCAGUUCAUUCAAAGUUGUUUUCAAAACAGCGACGGCAAGCGGACUAGGCUUACACACAGUCGGUUCUGAGGAGACAGAAAGGAACUGAACCUACUUCACGCGUCAGGGAUUCUACUUAAGCUGUGCGUCUUCGUAAGGUGUAUGGCAGACAAUGGUGUUUAAUACAACACACUUUCUAAUAGUGAAAACCCUUCAGAGUUUGCGAUGAGGUGUACCACGCGUCUGGUCCUGGUGGCUUCUCUGCUGGCUGUAGCCUUGAUCGUUCAUGUCUUCAUCAGCAAGCACUUAGGUGCCGGAGACAGGAGCAAGCCGCUAGAGAGACAGCUGCACAAGGCAGACCGUAGUGAGGGUGGACAUACGGCACAGACUCACGUUAAGACUACAGAGAGUGAAAAAAGAGGAGCAGCUCAACCCAAGAUUGACCGCCGGCCGAAUACAGAUGACAAGCUGGAGCAGGAAACUAUACGGACAGAGGACAAGCAACCGGUACAAGCCGACCAAUCAGUGAGCGAAGAAAAAGUUGCAGACGAACUGCAUGUCCUGUACCGGAAGUUGCGUACUGACCCAGCAGCCGUUACUAAGGAUUUGAUGCUGGCCCAGAAACUCACUUUCAUAAGAAUAGCAAUGUGUGGAAGCCAGUCGCUCAUCAACCCCAUGGCAACGGUCGGCAAGAGAAACAUCCCUUCCCUCAUCUUGACGAUGGUGCCUGACAACAUUACCAAAUCGAGAGGCGAGGCACACCCCUACACAGAGAAGCUCAUUUUUGAGUAUUUGUACCGUUACCCAAUUCCUUACCUGAGUGUCGGUGGUCAUCGGUAUGUCAACUUCCGAAAGUACGGAGACUUUCAGCCCAUUUCAUUCACCGUCUUCGCAGACCCCGUGGAGCGGUUCACCAAGAUGUUCUACCUGAUCCGGAAAUUGUACAUCAUGAACAAGCGAAAGGGAAUCCAAUCGGCUGACAACUUGAGGCUGGGCCCUAAAGCGAGGAACACCACAUUGCAGAGAUGUGCCACGCUGCUGGACAAAAGCAGGAACGACGCCAGGCAGAGCCGGGCGAUCCAGCGGAAGUACUGCGGCUUCGAGCUGUCGUCCCUCGCCCUGGUCAUGUGCGGGGAGGACAAGCGGUGCAGCCGGCACGACGCCACCAACUACACCCUGCAAGAGGCACUGCGGAACCUGGACGAUUUCCUGGUGGUGGGCUUCGCCGACGACCUCGACAACACCGUUCGGGUCAUGGAGAGACUUCUCCCCCUCUACCUGAGGGGCUACAGGCAGGAAUUCGUGGACCAAUUCCAGACAACGGAAAAGAAGAUACAUUCACUGGAAGUCACCAACAAGCUACGGCGCUUUUUGGAGACAGAUUACGUGCUGUACGAUGAAGCGAGGAAACGCUUUGGAAAGCUGAAAAAGGAAGUGAAUAUUGGCUGAAUUCCGGUUGUCUGAACUGUAAGGAGUGAUGAAUUUGUGUUCAGUUUACCUCCGUUUUGUUUCGUUUCAGACUGACAUUAAGACGUACAAUAUCGUUUGAAAUCAGCCAUGCUGGCGUGUGUUGAAUUUUCUUAAGCAGCCACGGGGCAAUUCCUAGCAGAAAGGGUUUUUCAAAAAAAAACAACUAAAGUUUUGGUAAUAUGUCGGAACAGUGUGACUACAGUUCCAUUUCUGUUGGGAUCACCUAGAGUUAAUUAUGAUUCGAGGAUUGUUCCAUGACAGUUUGACUGGAUGCAUCGUUGACUGAUUUCUGGGUGACCGGCACUGACGGAAUCGAAGGAUUCAUCAUUGAUUGGCUUAUGAGUGACUCUUUGCAAUGAUUGGUUUGUUGAUUAAUAUAUUCACGAUUCAUUUGAUUGAAAAUGCCAUUGGGUAUCUAUGUUUAAGUUUGAUAAGGCCUUAUUGACACUAAUUCUGUUCAUUAGACUUUAAAUUUAGACAAUUAGAACCAUGCUGUUACUAAAGGUAAGAGAAUCGUCACCAAUGGUGUCGGUCGUGUGGAAAGCGUUCUUAUUUACACUGCAUACCUUUAAUUAUCAGCAAACCUUUGACAUGUUUUUGAGGUUACUUAAGAAAUGUGUAAAUGCUUAAAGCCUUUUGCCUUAAAUCAUACGGCUCCAAAAAUUUAAGGUUUGGGCUGUGAUCUAGGGCCACGAGGUGACCACCAGCAUUAAACUUUAAAGUUCUGAUCGAG